AUGGUGGUGGGCGAAACCAACGAAACCGGUGUCGCGCAAAGCCACGGAGAAACAAUGAAGUCCCUGAUGGCAGAGGAGCGCGCUUCUGCAAGUGUCGAGACCUCCAACGGCAUGAUGAUCUCUGAGAUCCUUUUGCCCCGGUUAUUGAGAAUUGCGCACGAGUCUGGAGAGGUGGCAGUGGCCGUGGACUCUGGUCCCUUAGAAAUGAAGCCUUCGAGCUCUCCGAUCCUUUUGGAGAUGAUGGAGAUGGCGAACGGCACGCGUUGCGCGGAGCAAAUCCUCAGUUACGGAGAAGUGGAGAAAGUGCUGAUCGGUGGGGUGCUGACUAUGCUCACUCUCAUCACCAUCUGCGGGAAUCUGCUGGUCGUCAUCUCCGUGUGUUUCGUGAAAAAGCUACGGCAGCCUUCCAACUAUCUCAUCGUGUCCCUCGCGCUCGCGGACCUCUCCGUUGCGCUAGCGGUGAUGCCGUUCGUCAGCAUCACGGACCUGAUCGGUGGCCGGUGGAUUUUUGGCAAGUUCUUCUGUAAUGUGUUCAUAGCCAUGGACGUUAUGUGCUGCACCGCGUCUAUAAUGACACUUUGCGUAAUUAGUAUUGACCGAUACCUGGGCAUCACCAGACCCCUAACCUACCCAGUGAGGCAGAAUGGCUGGUGUAUGGCCAAAAUGGUGCUCUCUGUGUGGCUGCUGUCUGCUUCAAUCACCCUUCCACCGCUCUUUGGUUGGGCUCAGAAUGUGAACGAUGACCGUGUGUGUCUGAUCAGCCAGGACUUUGGCUACACCAUUUACUCCACAGCUGUUGCUUUUUACAUCCCCAUGACUGUCAUGCUGGUCAUGUAUAACCGCAUAUACCAUGCCGCCAAGCUCAGUGCCGCCAAACACAUCAUUGCUGGCUUUCCUCGUGCUGUAGAGGCAGAAGGGGAGGACAGUAAUGGGAUGGAGAUAUCUGCGGGAGUGGAUUGCAUAUCCGUGGCGAUCAAGCUUCAGAGGGAAGUGGAAGAGUGCACACGACUACCUCGCAUGCUUCGGGGAGAGGGCAGGAGGAGCUCGGAUCGGAGGAACAUCUCCAUAUUCAAACGGGAACAGAAGGCGGCAGCCACACUUGGGGUGGUGGUAGGAGCAUUCACUGUCUGCUGGUUGCCAUUUUUCCUACUGUCUUUGGCCCGGCCCUUCAUCUGUGGGACAGAGUGUAGUUGUGUCCCAUUAUGGGUGGAGAGAACUCUGCUGUGGUUGGGCUACGCAAACUCACUCAUUAAUCCCUUCAUCUACGCUUUCUUCAACCGGGACCUGCGCACCACCUACCGAAGCCUGCUCAGCUGCCGUUACCGUAAUAUUAAUCGUAGGCUCUCUGCCGCCGGCAUGCACGAGGCCCUUCGGCUGGUGGAAAGACCGGAUAUGGUUGUCUCUGGGUGA